AAAAUAACACCCACAAACAGAUAAAAAAAAAACAAUUUCCAGUUCAAUUCCAAUUACGAAACAGUUGCGGGCAGUUUCAGCCACUUCUUUGAUUUAAAAAAAUUCAAUUUUUCUAUUAAAAUAUGGCAAUGCAGAGAGAAGCACCGGAGUUCAAACGAUGUUGUUUUUGUAUACCCUUGAGAAGAGGAUUGAUAGCUUGGGGAUAUGUUAAACUGAUACUGGACCUCUUGGUGUUAGCAUACCUAUCACUGAUGUUUUUCUGGUUGGCUCACUAUGGUUUAAGAUUCGUGUCUGUGUAUAUGUUGACGUAUAUAUUUAUUGCUGUUUGCUCAUUUCUUGAUACCGCAUUCAGUAUCGUCUUCAUUGUGGCUGGACAUAAGAAAAGUAUCAAGUUGCUGAAAGUCUCAUACGUGUACAACAUAGUAUGGCUGGGAUUCUUGGUACUCGGAAACUCCUUCACGCUAUAUACGGAUUUGAAAUUCUUAUACAAAAUGUGGUCAUACAUGAAAGACCAUAAGUACAUAGUAUUGGAAAUUCUUGCAAGUUCUGCACUGGCAACUAGCACCGUAUUUAUACAAAUUUAUGUAAUCUUACUGAUACGGAGUGAAAUCAGUAAGCUACAAAAUCAAACGCUAGAAAUGCAGUUCACAAAUCACGUAGCCGCAGAACCACUGUGCACGCUUCGCAACGAGUCUGACUGCACAGAAAAGAAAUUGCACGGUGAAGAAAAAGGGAAGAUUGACAUUUGAAGCUCCUGUGAACUAAUAGAUGUUUGAAAUUGGAUCGCUUCCACACAUACUGCCUAACAAACAAACUAUAUCUUAGCCUACGACAAAUGCGUACAUAUAACUUUCACAAAAAACAAAAACAAAAUAGUAAAUAGUUAUAGUAUAGGAGUAGAAAAUGUCCAUAGAGUGCACCAGGUUAAGGAUCUUGGGAUUACUUUAGAUGAAAAGCUUACUCUUGACCAACAUGUCUACAUAAUUACAGCCAAAGCUUAUAGAAUGUUAGGUUUCGUUCUUAGGGUAGCCAAACCUCUAAAAAAGUCUUCAUCUUACCUGUUGCUAUACAACUCUUUAGUUCGUCCCUGUCUUGAAUAUUCAUCCCAAAUCUAGAACCUUCAUUAUCAAAUCUACAGGAAUGCGAUUGAGGCUAUACAAAAACGGUUCCUGAGAGCUCUUCACUAUAGACUGACUCAUGCUCGAAUGUCAUACGAUAAGCUCCUUGAGCGGUACAAAGUUAAAACUCUGACUAGCAGGCGUGACGCUCAGGACGCAAUUGCUUUGUUCAACAUAAUGCAGGGGUCAUUAUAAUUGUCCAGAACUGCUAGAGUGUAUUGGUUUCCGUGCUCCAACCUACAGGACACGAACAAUAUCCCUGUUUGCAUUACCUAAUGUGUCGAGUAACGCUGGAGUCCGUGCUCCGCUUCGCAGAAUGUGUCAAAACUACAACGAAAGCCUGGUCUCGGUUGACAUUUUUAAUAAUAACCGUGCUAAUUUCAAACGCAAAGUGAAUUCACUAUUAUGAAGUCUAUAAUUAGGUUCCUUGUAAGUUGCCUCCUUUUAAUAGAAAAUAUACACGUAUAGUUCCUUGCCUCGUCUUCUAACUGUGAGUAUUAACUCAAUUUUUACUAUGCUCGUAUUAACACUGUAUCUUUGAGUAACAUUAAGUAUCAUAUUGUUAGUGUAUCUUAGUUUAGUGCCUAUUAAGAUCUAUCAUUGUAUACCAUUGCCCUAUGACAAUGCCACUCAGAUACUAUUGGCUAUAAAUCUUAGUGGGAAUUGUCUCAGGAUGUAGGUUGUACCUAUUAUUGUGUAUUUCAAUAUCUUCUUAACUGUAUGACCUUCCUAUGUCUGUUUUUUUUCCCAAUAAAGAAAAUAAAAUAAAAUAAAAAUUAGC